CCUUAAGUUGUUCGUUUCUGGUGCCUAGUGUUUCGUUUUAUUGGGCUUGGGGUAUUCUCCCUGGGCCUGAAUUGUGUGUGUGUGUGUGUGUUUUUUUUAUUUCUUUUCUCGUUUGGAUAGUGUUGUUAGAUUGCAGAACGGAAUGAGGCAACUAUUGUGAAUUUGUACAGAGUUAGUAUAAGUGUUUAUAAUGUUAUCUUUCUAGAUUGUUGAGAACUCUUCGUUCUUCAACAGUUCACUGUUAAAAAGAUAUCGUCCGCUGGUAUUGCGGUUGUUCCGGUUCCAAAUGAACCUUUGACUACUACUCCUAGUCAUUUGAAUCUCGAUUUGGAUCAUUGCGGGAGUGAAUCUAUUUGGGUAUAUUUGGCGUUUUCUGGGUCCAUGAUUCCCAUGCGGAUUUUGGAAUCGGAUUCUAUCAAAUCCUUGAAGCUGCGCAUCCAAACCUGUAAAGGUUUUGUUGUGAAGAACCAGAAGUUGGUUUGUGGAGGUCGGGAGCUAACACGGAGCAAUUCCCUUGUUCGUGACUACGGCGUCAACGAUGGGAAUGUUCUACACUUGGUUCUUAGGCUUUCUGAUCUUCAGGUCAUUAAUGUUAAGACUCGGUGCGGGAAAGAUUUUACAUUUCACGUCCGGAGAGGGCGUGGAUGUAAUGUUGGUUAUGUGAAACGGCAGAUUGCUAAGAGAGAGAAAGGGUUUACUAAUCUUGAUGAGCAAGAAGUUCUUUGUGAUGGGGAGCGAUUAGAGGAUCAGAGGCUUAUUGAUGAUAUAAGUAAGCAUAAUGAUGCCGUGUUGCAUUUAUUGGUCCGAAAAUCUGUCAAAGUUAGGGCUAAACCAGUUGGGAAGAGUUUUGAGUUGUCGAUCGUGGCACCAGCAUUGACAGAUAAGCGAGAUGAUGAUCUUGGUGAAACUGAUGAUAGAGUGCAAUAUGGUAUUGGUGGUGGAGAGAAUUGUAGCAAAGGAUAUGAAGUUGAUAGACAGGUUGUAACAAGGAAACCUCCUGAUAGGAAUUUUAUAUUGGAGCCUGUUAUUGUUAAUCCUAAAGUCGAAUUGCCCUCAGUGAUUGUGGAAAUGAUUAACUCCACAUUUGAUAGAUUACGUAGUGGAAAAAGUCCAAUCAGGUCUAUGGAGGGUACUAGAGGAGCCUAUUUCAUGCAGGAUUCAUCAGGCCAAAAGUUUGUUGCUGUUUUUAAGCCAAUUGAUGAGGAGCCUUUGGCUGUUAACAAUCCUCGAGAACUACCAAUGUCACCAGAUGGUGAAGGGUUGAAAAAGGGUACAAGAGUCGGAGAAGGAGCAUUCAGGGAAGUUGCUGCUUAUAUUUUGGAUCAUCCUAAGAAUAAGCGAAGCAUGACAUAUGGUAAUGAGAAGGGUUUUGCUGGAGUCUGUUCGCAUAGUGGGUUUAACAAUCCUAAUAAUUCACCAAAAGUCAAGAUUGGGUCAUUGCAGAUGUUUGUGGAGAACAGCGGAAGUUGUGAGGAUAUGGGUGUUAGGUCUUUCCCAGUCGACCAAGUACAUAAAAUCUCUGUUUUGGAUAUAAGGUUGGCUAAUGCAGAUAGGCAUGCUAGGAAUAUUUUAAUGAGCAAAGAUGAAGAUGGGCAGACCUUGCUGAUUCCUAUUGAUCAUGGCUAUUGCUUGCCUGAAAGUGUAAGUUUGCACAUUUGACUGGUUGUAUUGGCCUCAAGCUCGCCAAUCUUACUCGCCCGAGAUAGUUGACUAUAUAAUAUCCCUGGACGCUGAAA